AUGUCAAAGCUCAAGAAGCUUCGAUUUCGAGGUGCUGAGACAGCGGAUGCUAUAAUACAUCUUCAGGCCAGACACUUGAAGGAAAUAAGUGGGGAUUACUGUCGGAAAAUAACAGAUGCAACUCUUUCUGUGAUUGUGGCUCGCCAUGAGGCGCUUGAAAGCCUCCAACUUGGACCAGACUUCUGUGAGAGCAUAAGUAGUGAUGCCAUUAAGGCAGUAGCUUUUUGCUGUCCUAAACUUAAGAAACUUCGCCUCUCUGGUAUCAGGGAUGUUUCUGGUGAUGCAAUAAAUUCUUUGGCUAAGCACUGUCCUGAAUUGUCCGACAUUGGCUUUCUUGACUAUCUCAUGGUUGAUGAGGUGGCUCUUGGGAAUGUGGAAUCUGUUCGUUUUCUAUCAGUUUCCGGGACAUCAAAUAUGAAAUGGGGGGUGGUUUCUCAUCUCUGGACUAGGCUUCCUAAACUGGUUGGUUUGGAUGUUUCAAGAACUGAUAUUGGUCCUGCUGCUGUUUCUAGAUUGUUGUCAUCAUCUCUGACAAUGAAAGUCAUUUGUGCCUUAAAUUGCUCUGCUCUUGAAGAAGACACCACGUUUAGCGGCGACAGAUAUAGAGGCAAAUUGUUACUUGCCCAGUUCACAGACAUCUUUAAGGGGAUAGCGUCUUUAUUUGCCGACAGUACAAAGAAACUGAAAAAUGUUUUUGUAGAUUGGAUGGAUGUGAAGCAAAAGGAUAAUAGCUUGUUAAUGCAAAGUUCCCAGGAAGAUGUUCAAGAGCGAGCAGCCACAGGACUAGCUAAUUUUGUUGUCAUUGAUGAUGAAAAUGCUAGCAUAGAUUGUGGAAGAGCUGAGGCAGUAAUGCAGGAUGGAGGCAUACGUUUACUUCUGGACCUUGCCAAAUCCUGGCGUGAAGGCCUUCAGUCAGAGACUGCUAAGGCUAUAGCAAACCUGUCGGUCAAUGCGAAUGUUGCUAAAGCUGUUGCAGAGGAAGGUGGGAUCGAAAUCCUUGCAGGCUUGGCAAGAUCCAUGAACAGGCUUGUUGCAGAGGAAGCUACAGGUGGACUUUGGAAUCUUUCGGUUGGAGAGGAGCACAAGGGUGCUAUUGCUGAGGCUGGUGGAGUAAAAGUUUUAGUUGAUCUUAUAUUCAAGUGGUCAUCUGGAGGAGAUGGAGUUCUGGAACGUGCCGCUGGCGCUUUGGCUAAUUUGGCAGCUGAUGACAAGUGUAGCAUGGAGGUUGCACUUGCAGGUGGUGUUCAUGCUUUGGUAAUGCUCGCCCGUAAUUGCAAGUUUGAAGGUGUCCAAGAACAGGCUGCUCGUGCAUUAGCUAACCUGGCUGCUCAUGGAGAUAGUAAUACAAACAAUGCUGCAGUUGGUCAAGAAGCAGGUGCCCUCGAGGCACUUGUUCAACUCACUCGUUCUGCUCAUGAAGGUGUCAGGCAGGAAGCGGCUGGGGCGUUGUGGAACCUAUCCUUCGAUGACAGAAAUCGAGAAGCAAUUGCUGCUAGUGGUGGUGUUGAGGCUUUGGUUGCUCUUGCACAAUCCUGUUCGAAUGCCUCACCUGGUCUUCAGGAGAGGGCUGCUGGAGCACUCUGGGGACUGUCUGUAUCAGAAGUCAAUAGCAUUGCUAUUGGAAGAGAAGGAGGUGUUGCACCUUUGAUCGCACUGGCACGCUCUGAUGCUGAGGAUGUUCAUGAAACUGCUGCUGGUGCUCUCUGGAAUCUUGCUUUUACCCCUGGUAAUGCCCUUCGAAUAGUGGAGGAAGGGGGCGUACCCGCACUUGUUAAUCUUUGUUCCACAUCAGUAUCGAAAAUGGCAAGGUUCAUGGCUGCUUUAGCAUUGGCAUACAUGUUUGACGGGAGAAUGGAUGAGUUCGCAUUGGUAGGAACAACUUCUGAAGGGAUUUCAAAGAGCAUGAGCUUAGAGGGGGCUAGGAGAUUGGCAUUGAAACAUAUCGAGGCGUUUGUGCUUACAUUCUCAGAUCAACAUGCAUUUGCUGUUGCUGCAGCAUCAUCAGCUCCUGCAGCAUUGGCACAGGUAACAGAGAGGGCUCGUAUUCAAGAAGCUGGGCAUCUAAGAUGC